GUCCGACCAAGCGUCGAACAGGUAAGGGGCAGUGAGGAGUCUCCUCUUGUGGCAGGCGAAGUGUGGCCAGGGGCGCCGCUGCGGCCUGCGACACCAUCAACAUCAUAAUCGACCGGCGGAGGGGACGUGGGAGGAGACGAUGCCGACGGUGCUGCCGCGACCCGUGACGUUCGUGACGGGAAACACAAAGAAGCUGGAGGAAGUCCGUGCCAUCCUCGGCCACUCCAUUCCCUUUCGAUCCCUGAAGCUCGAUCUGCCGGAAUUGCAAGGUGAGCCAGAAGAAAUAUCCAAAGAAAAGGCCCGACUGGCUGCAGCCUCGGUAAAUGGGCCUGUACUUGUCGAGGACACUUGCUUGUGCUUCAAUGCUUUGAAUGGUCUCCCAGGACCUUACAUAAAGUGGUUCUUGCUGAAGAUUGGACAUGAAGGCCUGAACAAUAUACUGAAUGCCUAUGAAGACAAAUCGGCUUAUGCUAUGUGUAUUUUUUCUCUUUCUCUUGGUCCGAACUUAGAGCCAGUUACAUUUCUUGGGAAGACCCAGGGUAAAAUUGUUCCUCCAAGAGGUCCUACUGAUUUUGGAUGGGAUCCGAUCUUCCAACCAGAUGGCUAUGAGCAAACCUACGCUGAGAUGCCGAAAGAGGAAAAGAAUAAGAUAUCCCACCGCUCAAAAGCACUGGCGUUGGUGAAAUCACACUUUGCGGCUGCCGAUUACAUCUUCCAAACAGAUGGCUCUCAUCAUUAACAGCUCAAUCGCAAUGGGCUUGUUGUUGCUGAGGAGGUGGAUUCUGUAGACAUCUAUAUCUUGUCAUGGUUACUGCCUAGUUCUUGAACAUCCGUAAACUACAUGGAGUAUUAUGCUUGUUAGAACAUCUUAAUUGGAAGUACAUUUAUUUA